AGUCUUCUCAGAUCUUUGUCCCCAACAUAAACAAACAAACAUUAAACUUUAAAAUGUUGUCAAAGAAAGCUUCUCUUGUCUGCCAUGGAGAGGACUCGUCUUAUUUUGUCGGGUUACAACAAUACGAGAAGAACCCUUAUGAUUCGGUGCAUAACCCUUCUGGGAUCAUCCAGAUGGGUCUAGCCGAAAACCAGAUGUCUAUGGAUCUUCUUGAAUCAUGGCUUUCAAAGAACGCAGAAGUUGCUGAAUUCAAAGAAGAAGGACGUUCUAUCUUUAAAAAAUUGGCCCUUUUUCAAGACUACCAUGGCUUGCCAUCUUUCAAGAAAGAAUUAGCAGAAUUCAUGGAAGAAGUAAGAGGAAGAAGAGUAAGACUGGAUCCAAACAAGAUUGUUCUUACUGCCGGUUCUACUUCUGCUAAUGAAAUCUUGAUGUUUUGCCUUGGUGAAACCGGUGAUGCUUUCCUCAUACCCACACCUUACUAUCCAGGAUAUGAUAGAGAUUUGAAGUGGCGAACAGGAGUCGAAAUCGUUCCAAUCCAUUGCUCAAGCUCAAAUCAUUUUAGGGUCACAAAGGAUGCUUUAACGAAAGCAUACACACAAGCCCAUACACUUAAUCUAAAUGUCAAAGGGGUCCUGAUCACAAAUCCUUCAAACCCUCUAGGCACGACAAUGACUAAAGAAGAUCUUGAUAUGAUAAUCAACUUUUGCAUGGAGAAACAUAUCCAUAUCGUAAGCGACGAAAUAUUUUCAGCUACGGUAUUUGAUUCCUCAAACUUCAUAAGCAUACUUGAAUCAUUACAACAAACAAAAUUCAAAAGUGUUAAGAAUCUUGUUCAUGUAGUUUAUAGUCUCUCCAAAGAUUUAGGACUGUCUGGAUUUCGGGUAGGAAUGAUUUAUUCUAACAAUGAAAGGGUCCUAUCCGCGGCUACCAAAAUGUCUAGCUUUGGACUUGUCUCAUCUCAAACGCAACAUCUUGUCUCCAACAUUCUUGUAGACAAGAAGUUUAUGAAAUAUUACAUUAAAGAAAACACUAGACGACUAAAAAAGAGACAUGAAAUGCUUGUUUCCAAUUUAAAGAGGAUCGGGAUUCAUUGUCUAACGAGCAAUGCUGGAUUAUUCUGUUGGGUCGAUAUGAGGCAUUUGUUAAGUUCCAACACCUUUGAGGGCGAAUUCGAGUUGUGGAAAAGAAUUCUUUGUGAUGUUAAGUUGAACAUCUCUCCGGGAUCAUCUUGUCAUUGUAGCGAACCAGGAUGGUUUAGAAUUUGUUUUGCAAAUGUAUCUGAGGAAAUUUUACAUGUUUCGUUGCACAGGAUGAAAGUGUUUGUUGAGGAGAUCAACUCCAAUUGUCAUGAUCGUGGAUAUAAUGGUCCGAAUUUGAUUUGCAAGUGGAUGUUUGGGUUAUCAUUGUUUAAGGGUCAAAUGGAGCGUUAA